UGAGCCAGUAACCUCGCUAGAAACCCUAAUAGAGGAGCUGUAGGGGUCAUCAUUUGAGUCAUAUUUACGCAUGUGACAUUGACGAGAAGGGGGCAAUGCGGUUAACAGCGUUCCUGUCAAUGGCCGCUAAGGCUGCAUUUCCUCAUGACUACCGCUUUGGCACAAAUCGACCUUGGACCAUAGCUGCUAAGAGGAUGAACCCACCAGGCAAGAAGAGAAGAAAGGUGUUCGUUGAGCCCAUACCUUACGAUGAGUGGUCUGUUUUCAGAGGGGACACCGUUGAGAUCCUCUCUGGAAAAGAUAAAGGAAAGCAGGGGAAAGUGACCCAGGUCUUCAGACACAGAAACUGGGUCAUCCUGGAGGGGCUUAACACGCAUUUCAGGUACAUUGGGAAAUCUGCUAAUUACCGGGGGACCUACAUUGCCAGUGAAGCUCCGCUCCUACUCCGAGACAUCUCACUCAUUGACCCCACGGACAGGAAGCCCACCGAGGUGGAGUGGAGGUUCACAGAGGAAGGGGAGAAGGUGCGCGUCUCGGUCAGGACAGGCCGUAUCGUUCCCAAACCGGUGGUCCAGCGCAGAGACGGCAUCAUACCGCAGCAGUGGAAGGAUGGCCCUAAGGAUACGAGCCCUGAGGAUACCCUGGAGAAGACCUACAUGCCCUCCCUGAAGACUCUAGAGGAGGAGGUGAUGGAGAAGCUGGGUAUCGAGGAGCCAAGGAGAAACCAGAAGUCGUACUGGUACUGAAGGAGGAGAUUCUCUGUGUUGGGACGGAAUGGGAGGACCCUCGGAAAAACACUGCUGUGGCCUGGGGUAGCACACCUACAGUCUUCCAGAUAUUUCUGGUUGCUCUUCAUGGACAUAUAUAGACCCACAUCUAUGUAUGUAAAGGAUGUGACCAAUUCCACAUCGCUCAGUCCAGAUCGGAAUGGGUUGAGUGAUUACAGUAACAUGAUAUCAUCUGGGUUACUGGUCCUGUUUCAGCCUUUAGUUCAGCUGAAAUGACUAUUUAUGAUGCUGUUAUGGUUUGUUUAAAAUGUUUUUGGUUUGUAGUCAUGUCAAAUAAAUGUAUGUAUAAGUCUAUAA